AUGAGUCAUCAUCAUAAGGCCCAUGACAUAGCAAAGGUUGCAGCAGCUCGAUUGAAUGCAGCUGCAGCUACAAGGAAUUAUAAUGUGACACCCAGAGUUGAUUAUAGAACAGUUGUGAAGGUGGAUGGUCCAUUGGUUAUUUUGGACAAUGUGAAAUUCCCAAGAUAUGCAGAAAUUGUUAAUGUUUGUUUAGGAGAUGGAUCAGUGAGAAAAGGUUAAGUUUUGGAAAUUGCUGGAAAGAAGGCUGUCGUCUAAAUCUUUGAGGGAACAUCAGGAAUUGAUAAUUUAUACACUCAUUGUGAAUUCACAGGUUCAACACUCUAGAUGCCAAUCUCUGAAGAGAUGCUUGGAAGAGCAUUCAAUGGAUCAGGAGUUCCAAUCGAUAAAGGUCCCCCUGUAUUGGCAGAAGAGUUCUUAGACAUUCAGGGUCAACCCAUCAAUCCAUUCUCAAGAGUGUAUCCCUAAGAAAUGAUUCAAACAGGUAUUUCAGCUAUUGAUUGCAUGAACUCAAUUGCUAGAGGAUAAAAAAUUCCCUUGUUUUUCUGCUAACGGUUUGCCACACAACGAAAUAGGAGCUUAAAUUGUGCGUUAAGCUUCAUUGGUAAAAGGAAAGGAUGUUCUUGAUCAUUCUGAUGAAAAUUUUGCAGUCGUCUUUGGUGCUAUGGGUGUCAAUA